AUGCAGGUUGUGGUCGCAAUUCUGAUGGCUCUGGUUUACUCCACUUCCGCAUUCCCUGAGCCUGGUGGUAUUGGCUAUGAAUUGGGAGGUGGAUUCGUUGGAAUAGGCCAUGGAUUGGGAGGAGGAUUCGGCCAUGGAUUAGGUGGUGGAUUCGGUGGUGUGUCUAUUGUCCGACCUGUGGUAAAGAAAGUCGUCACCGUCGACAAAGGAUUCGGAGGAAUCGGAGGGUUUGGAGGACUUGGAGGAUUCGGAGGAGGUUACGGUGGCUAUGGAUGUUCCUUCGAAUCCUCCGUAUCCGAUUCCUUUGCUGUCCGUUGUGGUCGCCUUUCUAUGGCUCUGGUUUACUCCACUUCCGCAUUCCCUGAACCUGGUGGUAUUGGCAAUAGAUUGGGAGGUGGAUUCGGUGGAAUUGACCAUGGAUUGGGAGGAGGAUUUGGCCAUGGAUUAGGUGGUGGAUUCGGCAGUGUCUCUAUAGUUCAGUAA